GAAGGCGGAAGUCCGAACUGUUGUGGAGCUGCUUUGACGUUUUUAAAAGGAUUUGUUUUUCCUCUCCCUUUCUCGCCUUAAUCUGCGUAAUUCCGGCAGCCUCUGGCGGGAGCUCCGGUGGGCGUUGCGGAUCGGAUCCUGCCCUGCUCGCGGGUUUCUGUCCGGUUUUCACCGCGAGUGCAGCAAUCAGAGCUGCUGCUUUUACUGGGGUCCGGAGCACGGAGCUUUCAAUAGAUCGCCGCCGAUCUCGAGUAUGUGAGUGGAUUUUCCCCUCCGGAUCUGAUUUUAGGGGGAAAAAAAAAAAAAAUGCGGGCACGGAACUUGAAGGUCUCAGUCACGGUAAUCGUAAUUCAGACUUUUUAACGUUACGGAAGAGUUUCGUCAAAUUGGGAUUGCAACGAGUCUAUAUGAGUGAACUUGGUUCUAGUUUCCCAACAACAUUUUAAGCUGCCUGAUUCAAUUUGGAGGAACAGAUAUGAGUGGCUCCAAACCUGAUAUUCUGUGGGCUCCACACCAUGUUGAUAGAUUUGUUUUAUGUGACUCGGAACUCAGUCUCUAUCGUAUUGAAUCUGCAAUAAGUUCAGAACUCAAAGCAGGAUCACUGCGUUUAUCUGAAGAAACUGCAGCUACUCUUUUGUCCAUUAAUUCAGAGACUCCAUAUUUGAAAUGUGUGGCUUGGUAUCCAAAAUAUGAUCCUGAAUGUCUACUGGCAGUUGGGCAAGCUAAUGGUCGAGUUGUCUUGACUAGCCUUGGCCAAGACCACAAUUCAAAAUGCAAAGAUUUGAUAGGAAAAGAAUUUGUGCCAAAGCAUGCUCGGCAGUGUAACACCUUGGCAUGGAAUCCAUUGGACAGUAAUUGGCUUGCUGCUGGCUUGGAUAAACAUAGAGCUGAUUUUUCAGUAUUGAUCUGGGAUAUAAGUAGUAAAUACACUCCAGAAAUUUCAAUUGCCACUGACAAAUUAAGGCUUUCAAGUGAUAUUGAAUCAGGAUUGGUUGUAACAAAAUCACUGUAUGAAUUAGGUCAGAACGAUGCUUGUCUUUCUCUUUGUUGGCUUCCUCGAGAUCAGAAACUUCUUUUAGCUGGAAUGCACCGAAACCUGGCUAUUUUUGACCUUAGAAACACAAGCCAAAAAAUGUUUGUGAAUACCAAAGCUGUUCAGGGUGUUACUGUCGAUCCAUACUUCCAUGAUCGUGUGGCUUCCUUCUAUGAAGGUCAGGUUGCCAUAUGGGACCUUAGAAAAUUUGAGAAACCUGUGCUAACCCUGACAGAACAACCAAAACCUUUAAUAAAAGCAGCAUGGUGUCCUACAAGAACUGGUUUAUUAGCUACUUUAACCAGAGAUAGUAAUGUCAUCAAGCUCUAUGAUAUGCAACACACUCCCACACCUAUAGGGGAUGAAACAGAACCUACAAUCAUUGAAAGAAGUGUUCAGCCUUGUGAGCACUAUAUUGCUUCCUUUGCGUGGCAUCCUUCAAGUCAAAAUCGAAUGGUUGUUGUAGCUUCUAACAGGACUAUGUCAGAUUUCACUGUGUUUGAAAGAAUCUCUCUGGCAUGGAGUCCAGUUACUUCUUUAAUGUGGGCUUGUGGAAGACAUUUGUAUGAAUGUACAGAAGAAACUAGCUCUUUUGAAAAAGACAUAGCCACUAAAAUGCGCCUGAGGGCUUUAUCCAGAUAUGGCCUAGACACAGAACAGGUCUGGAGAAACCAUAUUCUUGCAGGAAGUGAAGAUCCGCAACUGAAGUCACUUUGGUACACUCUGCAUUUUAUGAAACAAUAUGCUGAUGAUAUGGAUCAGAAAUUCACAGGAAACAAAGGAUCCUUGGUGUAUGCAGGCAUCAAAUCUAUAGUGAAAACUUCUAUGGGAACAACAGAGAACUUGAGGCACAGCCGAAGUGGAUCUGACAGAUAUGCAGAUAUUAUUCAGUAUAUGAGUGAAGAAAGAUCAUUGGCUUUGCAGCUUUGUGGAUGGGUAAAAAAGGGAGCAGAUCUAGAUGUGGAACCCUUUCUGUGCUCUUUGGAACAAGAAGGAGACUGGGAGCGAGCUGCUGCUGUAGCAUUAUUCAAUUUGGACAUCCGACGAGCAAUACAGAUAAUGAACAAAGGAGCAUCUUCUGGCAAAGGUAAUCUAAACCUUAAUGUGGUGGCUAUGGCAUUGUCAGGCUAUACAGAUGAAAAAAAUUCCUUGUGGAGAGAAAUGUGCAGCACUCUUAGGUUGCAGCUGAACAAUGCUUACUUAUGUGCCAUGUUUGCUUUUUUGACCAGCGAAUCGGGCUGCUAUGAUGGAGUUUUGAAUGAAAGUAAUGUAGCUGUACGAGACAGAGUGGCAUUUGCUUGUAAAUUCUUAACUGAUAUACAGCUAAACAGAUUCAUUGAAAAACUAACAAAUGAAAUGAAAGACGCUGGAAAUCUUGAAGGAAUCCUAUUGACAGGACUCACAAAUGAUGGAGUCGAUCUGAUGGAAAGUUAUGUAGAUAGAACAGGUGAUGUUCAGACAGCAAGCUAUUGUAUGCUGCAGGGCUCUCCCUCUGAGGUGCUCAAAGAUGAGCGAGUUCAAUAUUGGAUUGAAAGUUACCGGAAUCUGUUGGAUGCAUGGAGAUUUUGGCAUAAACGAGCCGAAUUUGACAUCCAUCGAAGUAAACUGGAUCCCAGCUCAAAACCUUUAGCACAGGUAUUUGUAAGUUGCAACUUUUGUGGAAAAUCAAUCUCUUAUAGCUGCUCAACUAUACCACAUCAAGGCCGAGGUUUCAGUCAGUAUGGUGUAAGUGGAUCACCAACCAAAUCAAAAGUCACAAGUUGUCCUGGUUGUCGCAAACCUCUUCCUCGCUGUGCUCUUUGUCUGAUAAAUAUGGGCACUCCAGUUUCCUGCUGCCCAGGAGGAUCCAAAUCAGAUGAAAAAGUGGAUCUCAGUAAGGACAAGAAAUUAGCUCAGUUCAACAACUGGUUUACUUGGUGUCACAACUGCAGGCAUGGUGGUCAUGCUGGACAUAUGCUCAGCUGGUUCAGAGAUCAUAAUGAAUGCCCUGUUUCGGCAUGUUCCUGCAAAUGUAUGCAGCUGGAUACAACAGGAAAUCUCAUCCCAGCAGAGGUGGUUCAGCCAUAAACUAGAGCUUUUCUAAGAAUUUUUACAUCAUCUCUCUAAUUAAUGUCCUUCACAGUCCAAAUACAUACCUCAGAACAAGUUAUUCAUGACUUCCUUUUAAUAGAAAUACAAAUCAUUUAAUCACAUCAGCAAUUUGUGCAGAUGGUUGAUGUGCUGUGCAUAAACAAGUUCUACUGGACUGAGUUUUUCAAACAUGUCCUGUGGGUUUUAUUCAGUGGUUUGUGAAGCAAUUCUUUUCGGAGGGUUCAUUGAAAUGCGAAGGAAGACUUAUGUUAUCUGCACCUUCAGGCUUCCAUCUAAGAUGAAGUACUGUUGAACACUCUUUAUGAAUUUUAUAAACUUCUAGAAAACUGUUCACCGGAAGGCAAAUAAAUGUGUUAUAGAUGUAUUUUACACUAUUUCUAUUAAUAUUUUUUCUUACAUCUGAGAAAGUUUCUAUAUUUUAUUUGCUCACAGUACACUAUAGUUAGCUAUAAUCUUGUGACAAUCUUUUGAUUAGCUUAGGUUUUACUUAGUUUGAAUAAAUAGAUAGUAAAGCUGAAUUUCAGUUAGUGUGAAUUAUAUUCAUCUGAAUAUUGCUUUGUUAGGACACUCAUUUUGAUCACAGAAUCUUAAUGAAGAACAAUCUGAAAAAAAUAGCUUAAAUCACUGAUAGUAGUAGGUGCCACUUACCAUUAUUAUAUUAAUGAUUUGUGCACCAAAUACCGUGUUUCCCCAAAAAUACAACUUAUCC